AUGUUUGAGUUCGACCUCAUUACUGAAGCUGAAGCCCCCAACUGGAGCAUGAUGACAUUGCCCAAUGAUGCCCCUGCCUCGCCCACCAACAUGAAGAAGAUCCAGCUGGACUUCUCCUACAACCGCAAGACUGUUGUCACCCGCAUGCCAUUGACUGCUGGCCCUUCUAAGGCUGAAACGAUCCGUGUCUUGUCAGAGGUCAACAAGAAGGCCCCUGCCAAGGAGGGGUUGAAGGGCAAGCUUACCUUGUUCAACUAUGCAGUCCUCAGGAGAGCUCAUGAGCUCAUGGAGGAGUUUGGUCAUGGUAUGGUGGAGGAUAAUGGGGUUACUGGUGAAAAGAUGGAAGAAGAGGAGUAUGAACAUUAUGAUGGGAUUGUCCAUGCUGAGCCUGCCCCUGAUAAUGGCAAGCAGAAGGUGGAGACUGUCACUCUGGGGUACAACCUUGCUCUCUGGCCAUCCAAAGCCAUCUUGGAGGAAUGUCACCCCCAGAUUGACCUUCCCACUGCCAGGCCCAUCACAUAUGCGGAUGAGCAGGAGCAUGUUGAAUUUGUGGCAAAGGCAUACACCUGCAAGAUGCUCACUGAGAAGAAGGUCCUGCAGAAGGUCAUGGCUGAGGAGAAGUUGGGUGUCAAUCAAGAAGCAGAGCUCAAGACUUUGUUCUGGAAAACAGUCAAGUCUGAGACUGUGAAAGCAAAGGCAGAGGAGUGCAGGGCUGAGAAGACAGGCCAGAGACAUGGGGGGGGGUAUAAAGGUUGGGAGGGGGUGAAGCAGGGAGGUAAGGUGGUGACUGGGUGGGUGGGCAAGAAUGGACCCAUGAUCAUCAAGGUGGGCAAGGCCGCCGGCACCAUCUAUAAUACAGUCCAUACAGUGACGGGGGGGAAUUUGCCCUCCAUCCCCAACAUGUAA